ACCAUAACCAUUCAUUUCCAUCUUUCUCCCUCUUUUACAACUAUACCACUCCACUCCCAAUGAACAAACCAGAUUCCUCCCAAGAACUCCCACAUUCAAACUCAAAAGUUACUAGUGAUCCAAUGGAUAUAUGGAGUUCAAUCUUGAACCAAAAGAACAAAGAUGAAGCUUCACAACUCAAAACUCCUCCUUAUAUUCACCCACUCGUCAAAAAAUCAAAAAGUUAUUUAAAUGAAAAGAGUCUUGAAAUGUGCACAGAGAGUCUUGGAUCAGAAACUGGUUCAGAUUGGUUCUCUUCUUCUUACACAUCAUCGUCAUCUGAAGAUACUAAUUCUGAGGAUGAUGGGAAAAUGAAAACAUGUUACAGUGAUGAUAAUCCAAAACUCAUCAUCAAUCAUUCUUUGAAGAAUAAGAAAAAACCUAGUUGUUUACCUCCUCCACUCCCUUCACUGACUAGUCAAAGUCAACAACUUCAAAUGAAGUCCCACCGUCACAAUGGAAGAUUGUUUUUGUUCCUACAAGCUGUCGUGUCAGUUCCUUCCCACAACAACUUCAUUGCUACGCGACAAAAUGGUCGCCUUAUCCUCACCUUUGCUAAUCACGUUCAAGAAGAAUUUGCUGAAGAAGAUGAGAGUGUGAUAGAGCAACCAAAUGCUGGUAGGUUAGAGUUAGCGGUGAAUCAGAAAAUGAAGAGUCCAAAAUGGUCGGAAAAGUUCAACAUAGUGGCAAAUUUUAAGGAUGCGAAAGUUGUUCAACAUGGUCCAUUACCUUUGAUCAAUGCUUAUCAAUACUACUGGCAAACCAAGGCUAGCAGCAAGGUUGUUGUCUCUGGGAACAUGAACAUGAACAUAUAUCAAGCUUCACAUGAGUUGUUGGUUCAGAAUUUGAAGUUUUGCAAGGAUUCUAAAACUGCAACGUCUUUUCUGUUCUGGGAUCCCUGUUGCAUUGCUACCUGAAUUUUUUUUCUCUUUUAUUUUCCACUCAUUUUUCUUAUAUAUAGUUGUGAUCAAAUAAAUGAAGAUGGAAAGGGAGAGAAAAAUACCAUUUGUACGAUUA